AGAGUUUGUGAGUCAUUUUAUUGAUUUCCCUAAACCACUGAUUGCGGUGGUAAAUGGCCCAGCUAUUGGAAUCUGUGUCACAGUCCUUGGGUUGUGUGACCUUGUCUAUGCUUCUGACAGAGCUACGUUUCACAGCCCGUUUAGUCAGCUUGGACAGACCAUGGAAGGAUGUUCUUCUUACUUGUUUCCAAAAAUCAUGGGCUUAGCUAAGGCAAACGAGAUGUUGCUUUUCAACAAAAAGCUGACUGCAGCAGAAGCCUGUGCCCAGGGACUUGUGACUGAAGUAUUCCCUGACAGGACUUUUCAGAAGGAAGUUUGGGCGAGAUUAGAAGCUUAUGCAAACCUCCCCAAAAAUACCUUGGCAGUGUCGAAGCAACUGUUACGAAGUCUGGAAAAAGAGAAGCUCCAUGAGGUCAACAGUAAAGAGUGUGAAGUCCUGAAAGAGAGGUGGUUAUCCGAUGAAUGUGUAAAUGCUAUUGCCAGCUUCUUUCAGAGGAAAUCAAAACUCUGA